GCUGCCUUUGUGUGUCGCCGUCUGCCGGCCAAGUAAACACUCCGGCCGCUUCUGUCGCUCGUCGGCUCGCAGCCCCGCUUGUAUGCUAACCAGCGUCUUGCUCACCUAACUUUCUUAUUCUAUUUACGGGGAAAAUGACAGCAUCGCGACGGACUGCAUAUUGACGUGACGGCCUAAAGGGACAACUCAAAGAUGGAGAAGCAGGGCAAAGUAACACCUGCUGAGCCGGGGAGGAGAACAGAGUCAGCCAGGCAACAACACGACAGCUCGAAUCGUCAUGUGAUCCUACCAAACCCCCACCUGUACCAGCACAAGUCUAGAGGCAACGAGUCAGGAGUGGGCCCGAAGUGGAGCCUUGCCUCAAACAUUAAUGGAGGUGACUUGCCCUGGAGAGCGAAGGCAUCAACAAAGAACAAUGAACCUCGUGUGCAAAGCGGCAUUGCGGGUAAAAACUCAGCGGAUGCACAGAGAAGAGGUGUCCGGGAUUCCAGAUCGGCAAGGACGCCAAAACCCACUCAGGCCGACUUGGCCACAUUUGAUGUGAAAAUGUCCGACUUCCCGCAGCUGGACGCCGGCCCGGCACAAGGUCACAAAGAGAACUGGAGGCCAAAUGUGACAGUGGAGAGAUGCCAACUUCCCUCAAAGUCAAUAUCUCCCUGGGUGGAUGUACGCCAGCAGACAACCAUGAGAGGAUCCACAACUGUACCUGAUCCCCGACAAACCGAUGGCCCAACCCUUGCUAGCACCACAGCCAAACAAGUGGGGACGUCGUGGGCAUAUGUUGCCUCUCAGCCGCCGAAGAAAAACUUCCAGAAGGAAAAGACUGUUGUGCCGACGGAGGAAACAGCUACGCAGCAGCCACAAGAGGAAACGGCGGCGGGGAGGAAAAAACAGAAGAAAAAGAAGAAGAAGGUAAAAGAGGCAGAUGACUGCACGGAAGAUGAGACAGAAGAUUCAGCAGUCCAACAGGAGCCACCAAAGUUUGAGGAUGAAGAAGAGUUCCCUGGUUUGGCUCCAUCUCAGACUUUGUGUGAUCGAUUGACAAGCAGCAGAAACACGAUAAAUAAAUAUGUAGAAAACCAACAAGAUGAAAUGACUGCAAUCAGGCGGAAGAAUGCUACCAAAACCCCACCCGCAGAGUCAGCAAAGAAAGGGCAGAAAGCUGAGAAGACCUCUGGGAAGAAGAGCAAAGCUCCUGUGCAGCUGGACAUCGGGAACAUGCUGUCCGUUCUGGAAAAUAAGCAACAAUCUCAGAAAGUCAAGCAGACUGUCAUCUCAGUGGGUGGAGGACUUCCUGUCGUUCACAAGCAACCGACAGUCCAGAAAAAGACGCCCUGGCAGCAGGACAAAAUCGCCCACAACCCGCUGGACUCUACCAGCCCCCUGGUGAAGAAAGGCAAGCAGAGGGAGGUUCCCAAAGUGAAGAAACCAACUGCUCUCAAAAAGGUCAUCCUUAAAGAAAGGGAGGAGCGAAAGCAACGGCGUUUACUGGAGGAGAGGGGUUUGCUGCCCGAAAAUGAGUCCACGGUCGUCACGGAUACGGCAGAAGAGGAGAGGUGUAAUGCCAAUUUGACAGAUGAAGACGUUGGUGCUGUUUCGGGAAGUGACGAGCAACAGGAAAAUGAAAUGGCGAGAGGGGGUGAUGGAGAGUCUGACAGAGUUAGAGCUGACGAGCAGCACAGUAACCAGCAGGAUGUUUCCAUCAAUGCACCGGAUCAACUCAAAAUCCACAGCAGGAAGUUCAGAGAGUACUGCAGCCAGAUGCUGAGCAAAGACGUGGACCAGUGUGUGACGUCGCUGCUGAAGGAGCUGGUUCGAUUCCAGGACCGCCUCUACCAGAAGGACCCCAUGAAGGCGCACAUGAAGCGGCGCAUGGUCAUGGGCCUGCGAGAGGUCCUCAAGCACCUCAAACUCCGCAAGGUCAAGUGCGUCAUUAUCUCGCCCAACUGCGAGCGCGUCCAGGCCAAAGGGGGUCUGGACGAGGCCCUUCACACCAUCAUCGACACGUGCCGCGAGCAGGAGGUGCCGUUCGUCUUCGCCCUCUCCCGCAAGGCUCUGGGGCGCUGCGUCAACAAGAUGGUGCCCGUCAGCCUGGUGGGCAUUUUCAACUACGAUGGCGCGCAGGACUACUACCACCAGAUGAUUGAGUUGUCCUCUGAGGCCAGGAAGGCAUACGAGGAGAUGCUGGCGAGCGUGGAGCGAGCUGUCCGGGCAGAGCGCGGCGACGCUAACUUUUCUGAGCAGCACAGUGCUGCCAAGCUGAUUGAGACAGAGCAGUCAGAGCCUGAGCCUGAGUCUGAGGAACCGGGAUACUACCAGUUGUGGAGAAAGCUGCUGGAGAAAGAGUCCAACUACAAGUCGUUAAACUUUGAUGCAUGGCCAAGUGAAUGUAACAAUGAAAAUGAGAAGAGCUGACAGUGGCGACUCUGCGGUGAGGUUCUCAACAAAAUAUGACAGGAUUUAUUACACCAGGCACAGAGGUCCAUAGUGUUCUUGCUCUGUGCAGGGACAGCGUGUUCCUUGUCCACUUUUUGUCUAAAUUAACGGGAUUGCCGUCCAAUUGAGAACACAGUUGGUUUUCCAUUGUGCUUCAUAUUAAAGGUAACAUUGUAUAAUGUAAAAAUGAGUUUUGAUUGCUUUUAUACAUAUACAGUGGUACCUUGAUUUGCAAAUGCCCCAACUUACAAUUUUUUGAGUUACGAGGAGUCUCUUAGAGAUAAUUUCUGGGGCUUUUUGCUUUGUAGCGCGGCAAAAUUUGAGGUACGAGCGAGCUUCAGAUACUCUGCAUCUCAAGUGGGGGAAAAAAAAAAAAAAAGAAGCAAUUGAGGUACUGUCAUACCUUGCAUGUAGAACGGGACGAACAGUCAAAAGGAUAAAUAUGAAACGAGAACACACACAAGGAGCUCCUGUAGGCCACAACUCAAGCCCAGACGCUCACAUGCAGACAAACCGGACAACCCAUCUUCAAUUCCUGGCAUCACUCAAUAGCCUAUACUAGCCAUUACACUUUUAUGAUGGCAGUUUUUUUUUUUUAACAUUCUCAAAUUGUUUGUGUUUUUAUACAAUACAGUGCUGUUUUAACUUAUUAAAUACAAGUUAAAAUUGUUAAAUGUAUCCAUCCAUUUUCCGUACCGCUUAUCCUCAUUAGGGUCGCGGGUGUGCUGGAGCCUAUCUCAGCUGACUCUGUUCAAGUGGCGGGGUACACCCUGGACUGGUCACCAGCCAAUCGGAGUAAAUGCUAAAUGUUUAAUAAGUAGAUGUUUUUGCGGUGGGCUGGAACCAAUCAUUUCAGUGGGGGAAAUUUCGUUAAUAGUUGAAUAAAUUUGAGUUUUGAGCUUGGUCGUGGAACAAAUUAAAUUUGUAAAUCAAGGUGGUCUCCAGAGUGCCCUCCGCCCCCAUCAAGUGUGAAAUUACACAAUCACGUCAAUCUUUUGUGAUCUGUGAUAUGGUUAAAUUAGCCGUUGGUGACUUGUUGGAUACACCGAUUAAGCGUUUGUUUACAAUCUUGAGUCUGGUAAGCUACACAUACUUGAUUGGUCGUACCCGAUUGAUUGCUGUAAUUCUGGUUCCUUGGGGUAUUUUGACAAAAUCAUGUCACAGAUUAGUCCAAAAAAAAAACAAAUGACAAACCGUCUUCUUUUAAAGUAAAAUUGGUACAUGUUCAAGUAAAAAAAUAUCUUACGAACAUGAGCACUAGUUUUUUUUGUUUUUUUUUGUUUUGUUUUUUUAUAAACAGCCGACACGAAAUCCCACAAGAUACCUGCAGUAACUGUGGCUCACGGGUCAAAUCAGUAAUAGUUCCUUGUUACUUUUUUACCAGUCACAAUUCCCCUCUGGGCAAGAACACUAUUAAUUUUAUUGGUCAUUUGUUCUGAGACGCCAGAGGCUACAAUGUCUUGUCAUAUUUACUACCACUUGGAGUUAUCUACUGAUCUUUAAACUAGCUGGAAAUUUCAUCCAAGUGGGAACGCGGUUUAUUUUUAACUAGCCUCUGACCCAAAAAACUAAGUUGUUUUUUGUUUUUUUUGCUGCAAGUUUUCAACCACUUUUCAUUGUGUUGAGGACUAGGAAACUGUGUCUCUUUCAAUUAUUUUGAGUUGAAGAGUGUGUUUACUUUUCUUUUAACUUUGUAGGACCACGCCAGGGUCUUAAAGUAAUCCCACAAUAAGAACUGAAUGACAAAGUGUUUUGCCUUUAGUUGACUGCAAAAAGAGACACAUGAAAGUACAGUGGACCUCCACUAUUUGUGGGGGGUAGGGACCGUCCUGGACUGCAAUUAGCGAAAAUCCGCAGAUAAGUGACACUUAUUAUAAUUGCACUGAGAAUUUUAUUUUACUUUUUUACCCCCAAAGAUACUUCAAUAAGUGUGUUUGGGGUUGUUCCCUCCCACCACCCCCGAAAAAACGAAAACAAAAUUGGAAAACUCGGGGGAGGGGGGGAUUGAAAAGAAACCUGCAAAUAGGUAAAUCCGCGGGUGCCGAACUGCUAUACGCGGAGCUCCACUGUAUUAUGUAUGCGGGUGUAUGUAUUGACAGGCAAUAAGUGAUUGAGGAGAUAAAAUAUUGACACACUAUUUUCAAUGAUUCCUAAUAAUAAAUUGAGUUUUGGGAUAUGG